AUGACGACAUCGGACGCAAGGGAAAGCGGCGGACCUUCCUGCGUCGGCGCUCAAGUUACGUCAGGACGUAGGGCUGCCCUCAGGCGCCUGCAUCCGGUUUCAGCGCUCGAAGACCGGGCGGAAUUUCCAAGAGAGAAUAAGGAAGCCACCAAAGAGCAGGUGGCAUUUAGGGCUAGCAGGCGGCGAAGUCCCGGCUCCGGAAGGCCGCUUCGGCUGCAGAUAAGUGCACCUGCACGCCUUUCCCUGCAGCUUCUUCCGCCUGUCCCACCCUCGGGUCUUCCUCCCAUUCCCAUCAUUCCCCCACCCCCUCCGACCCCCCAGGCCGAUGGAGGGCAGAACAUUGGCCCAGCCAGAGGAACGAGGAGCCGCAGGGCCCCCUCACCAGGGGCCACUGUGGCACUCCCCUUUGAGCCCUCAGCCCCCCCUCUGAGGAUGGCCAACAACUCCUACAAAAAUCCCAAAGGGUUGACUAAUCUGAUUGAAUCUUUACUUUUCACCCAUCAGCCCACUUGGGAUGACUGCAACCAGUUGUUACAGGUCCUGUUUACAACAGAGGAAAAAGACCAGAUCCUCCCAGAGGCCCGGAAAAAUGUACCGGGAGCCGAUGGGCGACCCACUCAGAACCCAGCCAUUAUUGAUGAAGGGUUCCCUCUGACCAGACCCGAUUGGGACUUCAACAUCCCAGAAGGUAAGGAGCACCUGAAAGUCUUCCUCCAGGCUCUGAUGGCAGGUCUCCGGGGAGCGGCGAGGCACCCCACCAAUUUGGCUAAGGGGGUACGGGGUUCGGAACCCCUCCCCGAACCUAGGGUAACCUUAACUGUGGAGGGGAAACCUACUCAAUUCCUAGUGGACACUGGGGCACAGCAUUCAGUAUUGCAACAGGCUGACGGACUGCUCUCCAAUCGGAAAUCAUGGGUUCAGGGAGCCACGGGAAAUAAAUUAUAUUCUUGGACCACUGCAUGGACGGUAGACCUGGGAACAGGAUUAGUGUCUCAUUCUUUCCUCGUAAUCCCAGAUUGCCCAUAUCCUUUAUUAGGAAGAGACUUGCUCACAAAAAUGAAAGCCCAGAUACAUUUCCUGCCAGAGGGACCGCAGCUUAAGACUGUGAUGUUAGAAGAUGAAUAUAGACUCUUUGAAUUCGAAAAAGAAAACCCAGGCUCAGGAGACCUCAGCCUGUGGCUAAGAAAGUUCCCUCAGGCAUGGGCAGAGACGGCGGGAAUCGGGAAGGCCAAACAUAGGCCUCCUGUCUAUGUUGAACUAAAACCACAAGCCACCCCCAUAGCAGUUUGCCAGUACCCUUUGCCGAGGGAAGCCAGAGAAGGAAUCCGGCCCCACAUCGCCCGAUUCCUCUGGUUGGGGAUAUUGCACAGAUGUCAAUCUGUUUGGAAUACCCCACUCCUCCCUGUCAGGAAGCCAGGCACAAGUGAAUACCGUCCAGUCCAGGAUCUGCGAGAAGUUAACAAGCAGGUAAUAGACAUUCAUCCCACAGUUCCUAACCCUUACGAUCUUUUAAGUUCCUUGCCACCUCUCCAAGGCUGGUAUACCGUUUUAGAUUUAAAGGAUGCCUUCUUCUGCCUCCAACUUGCGCCGAAAAGUCAAGAACUUUUCGCCUUUGAAUGGAGAGACCCAGACAGAGGAGUGGCAGGGCAACUCACAUGGACUCAGCUCCCGCAAGGAUUCAAAAACUACCCCAUCCUCUUCGAUGAAGCUCUCAACCAAGACCUGGCGCUAUACCGAGAAGCUAAUCCCCAGGUAACCUUGCUGCAAUAUGUUGAUGAUCUUCUACUUGCAGCUGAAAUGAAAGAAGAUUGCCUGAAAGGGACGGAGAGACUUCUGGUAGAAUUAGGAACUCUAGGAUAUUGGGCAUCAGCCAAGAAAGCACAAAUCUGCAAAUGACAGGUAAGCUACCUGGGCUAUGUGUUACGAGAAGAGGUGGCUGUCAGACACGACGAAAGAGACUGUUCUCCAUAUCCUUUUGCCUAAGACUCCUAAGCAAGUCAGAGAAUUCCUAGGGACGGCAGGAUUUUGCAGGCUCUGGAUCCCUGGAUUCGCAGAGAUGGCGGCCCCCCUUUAUCCUCUCACCAAAGAUGGACUGUUCUCAUGGGGAGAGAAAGAACAGAAGGCUUUUGACGCCAUUAAGCUAGCAUUGAUGUCUGCCCCAGCUCUGGGGCUCCUUGAUGUGACAAAACCUUUCCACCUGUUUGUGGCAGAGAAUGGGGAUAGCCAAAGGGGUGCUGACUCAGAAGCUCGGACCGUGGAAACGGCCCGUAGCAUACCUAUCAAACUAGAUCCAGUGGCUGCCGGCUGGCCUGCAUGCUUACAAAUAAUUGCCACAGCAGCAGUACUAGUCAAAGAUGUGGACAAAUUUGACUCUAGGGCAAAAUCUAACAGUGACCGCUCCGCACACGCUAGAAAGCAUAAUCCGGCAGCCCCUGCUUCGGUGGCUUACAAAUGUUCGGAUAACUCACUACCAAGCCCUGUUACUCAACUCUGACCGGGUGACAUUCUCUCCGCCGACCAGUCUCAAUCCGGCUACCUUGUUGCCGGACCCUGAUCUUAAACCUCCAGUACAUGACUGUCAGCAAGUACUAGCCGAAGCCCAUGGGCAGCAUAAAGACUUGACUGACCUGCCUUUACUGGACGCUGAAGCCACCUGGUUCACAGAUGGAAGCAGCUACCUAGACCAAGAAAAGCGUAAGGCAGGAGCGGCAGUAGUGGAUGGAGAAAAAAAUAGUGUGGGCCCAGCCCCUCCCCAAGGGAACCUCGGUGCAGAAGGCUGAGCUCAUUGCUCUUACGAGAGGGCUAGAACUGGGGGCCAGGAAGAAAAUUAACAUCUAUACAGAUAGUAGGUACGCCUUUGUGACGGCACAUGUGCAUGGAGCCAUUUACCAACAAAGAGGACUCCUCACCUCCAAAGGAAGAGAAAUAAAAAACAAACCAGAAAUCACGGCCCUUUUAGAAGCUCUGCACAAACCAGCCAAAGUAAGUAUAAUCCAUUGCCCCGUCACCAACACGGGAAGUCCCACAUCGCCAUAGGCAAUAAUAUGGCUGAUCAGGCUGCCCAAGAAGCGGCCUCAAAGACAGUAGACAUCUUCCUCUCUGAAACCCCGCCUGAGCCAAGCCUGCCACCCUAUCAGUAUAGCCCAGAAGAUCUAGAAUUAAUCUCCAAAGACCGUACUCACUAUUUUAAUGAACAGAAGAGAGCCUGGUGUACCCAAGAUGAAAAAAUCAUCCUACCCCAAGCAACUGCCAAAACCAUAAUCAAACAGAUGCAUCAAUGGACACACUUAGGAGCGCACAAACUUAUUCAGACUGUCUUAAACUCCGGGUGGUAUGUGCCAAACCUGCAGCAGGUAGCUGAAUCAGUAGUUAAGCCAUGCGUUCCUUGUCAAGAAACAAACUCACCCGGGAAGAAAAAUUGGACUAGAAAACGGGCAAGGGGGAACCGGCCUGGACAGUUUUGGGAAAUAGACUUCACUGAAAUUAAACCAGGAAAAUAAGUAUCUUCUAGUAUUUGUAGAUAACUUUUCAGGAUGGGUUGAAGCCUUUCCAACAAGGCAGGAAAUGGCUGCAGUAGUAACAAAGAAAAUACUAGAAGAAAUAUUUCCUCGAUUCGGGAUACCUAAGGUAAUAGGAUCUGACAACAGACCCGCUUUCAUUGCCUGGGUAAGUCAGGGGGUCGCUAAGUAUUUGGGAACUGAUUGGAAAUUACAUUGCAUGUAUAGACCCCAGAGUUCAGGGCAAGUAGAAAGAAUGAAUCAAACCCUAAAAGAGACCUUAACUAAAUUGACCAUAGAGACUGGCUCAGACUGGGUGGUGCUCCUCCCUCAUGGCUCAGACUGGGUGGUGCUCCUCCCCUUAGCCUUGUUCCGAGCUCGGAACACCCCUACCUGUCUCAAUCUAACGCCCUUUGAAAUCUUGUACGGCUCCCCCGCCCCGCUUACCUGCCUGCGUGACUCCCUCCCCAUAACCCAGACUAAUAACCGUGAUCUAUACAAUAGGCUAAAAGCUCUCCAAACAGUCCAAAGAGAAGUGUGGUCUCAACUUGAAGCAGCCUACAAGCCUGGCACCCCAGAGGCAGCCUACCCUUUCCAAGUUGGAGACUUCUUGUUUGUAAGAUGGCACCGAGCGCAAACCCUCGAGCCACGGUGGAAAGACCCUAUUUAGUGUUGCUGACCACCCCAACAGCGGUCAAGGUUGGCGGGAUCGCCACCUGGAUCCACACCUCCCAUGUGAAACCUGUUGUCUCAGCUGAGACAGCUGAUGACCAUCUCACAUGGAGGGCCCAAUCUGCUGAGAACCCUCUCCGGCUUAAAAUCACCAGAAAACACCAGUGACCAGGUGCACGUCCGGAGACACCAACGCCGCCUAGCUGACCCACGCACCAUUUUCAAAAACUCUGUUCCGAAAUGACAAUGUCAGCCGGACAAAGACAAUCCUCAAAAGCUAAGACUGUGCCGUUCACACCUAUCCCACUAAUAUUACUUAUAGUAUGCCUUUCCCCUGUUACACCCAGCGACCCUAACCCCCAUACCCUCUAUCGGCUCACCUGGGAAAUAGAGAACUGGGAAACACAUGAAGUAUACAACAGCACUUCCCACACAACCCCCUUAGGCACAUGGUUCCCUGACCUGUACUUUAACCUAGACAGAAUAGCAGACAUAGAAGGAAUGGGAGGGGAAGACUGGCGAAAAAAACAGCGCCAAGUCUCCGUGAGUCGAAAUGGGUUUUAUGCGUGCCCUGGGUUUCGAACGGGGCCAGAGAGGCGGCAGUGCAGAGGGGUUGAGUCCCUUUACUGUGCACAAUGGAGUUGUGUUACCACCAAUGACGGAGAGUGGAAGUGGCAGGUAACUCCCCAGCUCAUCACUUUCUCGUUUAUUAAACCAUGCACCCGAACUAGGUACAAUCAAGACUGUAAUCUGCUCAGGCUCCAGUUCACAGAACAGGGAAAAAAGGAUACCCGAUGGCAGUCAGGGUUAACAUGGGGCCUAUAUCUCUAUCAGAGCCCCCUUUUUGGAAGCCUUAUCCGGGUCAAAUUAAAAGUUGAGCCAAUGGUCACGACGGCCUUAGGUCCAAAUAAAUUGUUGAAUCCUAGAGCACCCGAAGCCCCUGGACAGCCCCUCAAGACAACACAGCCCCCUAAGUCCCUCACCCAGAGCCUAUUGAGCCCAACUUAGACACUGGCCCCCACUAUAGAAAGCCAGCAAUCCCGGCUCCUUAGUUUAAUCAGAGGCACUUUCCAAGUUAUAAACAAUUCCCGUCCCAAGCUAACUCACUCCUGCUGGUUAUGCUAUGAUGUUGCCCCCCCUUACUAUGAAGGUAUAGCAUUUGUUAAUGCUGUCAACCAGUCUUCUGACCCCUCCCAGUGUAGAUGGCAGCAAAAAGGACCAAGACUCACUUUAUCCUCUGUAAGUGGACAAGGAACCUGCAUUGGGAAAGUCCCUAAAACUUACACCUCCCUCUGCAACAGGACAGAAGUAAUAAGCACAACCCCAACUUAUUAUAUUCCCCCAUCUAACAGGUGGUGGGCCUGCCAAACCGGAGUCACUCCAUGUGUUCAUUCCCAGAAGUUAGACGAAACUUCUGACUUUUGUGUUUUAGUACAGUUAAUACUCCGCCUCAUUUACCAUUCCUAUGACAAGGUCCUGUCCUAACUAGGCCGGUCUCCGCCUCGAGUCAAACGAGAACCUGUGAGUCUGACUCUCUUCCUCUUACUAGGCCUCGGCCUAGGGGCAGCAGGGGUAGCCACAGGGGCAUCCUCACUAGUUCUCCAAAACCAGCAUUACCACAGUCUCAGAGAAGCCAUAGAUGCAGACUUAGAAGAGAUAGUAAAAUCCAUAUCCACCCUGCAAGACUCUUUAACUUCCUUGUCAGAGGUAGUCCUACAAAAUAGAAGAGGUUUAGACACGUUGUUCCUCCAGCAAGGUGGACUGUGCGCUGCCCUUAAAGAAGAAUGUUGUUUCUAUGUAGACCAUUCAGGAGUAGUAAAAGAUUCCAUGGCCAAAGUUAGGGAAGGGUUAACAAAGAGAAAGAAAGAAAGAGAGCAAAACCAAGGGUAGUUUGAGUCCUGGUUCAACUCACCAUGGUUCACUACCCUCAUCUCUACUCUAGUAGGGCCACUGAUAAUCUUAAUAUUAAUUCUAACCUUUGGCCCCUGCAUCCUAAACCACCUAGUUACUUUUAUCAAAGAGCGUAUUAACACCAUGCAAAUCAUGAUGUUAAGACAGAACUAUCAGAGUAUUAACCAAAAAAGAUGACCUCUAGUUUCAUGAUUGAAAUAGAUACCAGAAGAAGAGGGGAAUGUAAGAAUGGGAAUGGGUUAGCAUAAGAAUAGCCAUCAUAAGGGCCGAGAAGCCAUUUUCUGAGUGUGUGACUCGGGGAAAGAGGAACUGGGUAAAGCAUGAAAAACAAGUUAAUCAUGGACACCGGGUUGUGGGCAGCUGUGACCCUUGGUCAGCUAAUCAUGCAUACCAAGUUGUGGGUGGUUGCGACUCUGGUCAGCUUAUCUUGCUGAACCACCCUAACAAUUGAGGAGUGGUCUUAUCUUGCUCUUGCUUAACCCCCAGGAUGUGUGACUUGCAAAAAUAAUGCGUAGCUGCGGAAAAUUACUAUGAGUCAAGUGCUUUGAAAAUGCUAUAUAAACCCUUGGCUUUGAGUGCUCGGGGUCCUCAUUGAAACUCGCUGUGUCGGGCAGACACUUCUACCCCAGCUAUCUGGCAUAAGAAACCUCUUGCUUGUUGCAUCGAUCUACUGUGGCCCUCAUUUUUUUCACUGGGGGGAAGCGCAGACUGGAAUAAGGCCGGUAGGUCUUACAAAAUUAGUAGAACCAAUCAUAGAAUUCAGAAGGCCUUAGCAUCUGGUCCAAGUGAUCAUAAUCUGGAGGCGUUCUUGAAUAGGUUUUGGAGGCUUUGAAUCUCCUGAAAUUAGAUGCAAAAUUAUGUAUGUACAUUUUUGGAAGUCAGCAUUGUGAGAAACACACUCACUGGUGGACACAGAGACAAAGAGAACAGCGG